UGCUGAAGUGUGAGUGAAAUUUGCCCAGACAUGGAUACUGUAUCAGACUCGAUGCUUGCGAGGGGAUUGGUGUUCAUAGGUUGCUUCACAGUGCUGUAUUACAUGCUGAAAUGGUCCUGGUGUAUGUGCUGUCAAAAGUUUGGCAAACUGAUUUAAAGGCAUAUGGACAAUGGGCAGUUGUCACAGGGGCUACCGCAGGGAUUGGCAAAGCUUACGCAAAUGAGUUGGCCAGAAGAGGUCUGGACAUUGUACUGGUCAGCCGGUCAAAAGAUAAACUCCACAUUGUCGCCAAGGAGAUUGAGAGCCAACAUGGACUCCAGACCCAGAUCAUCCAGACAGACUUCACAGAGGGCCAUGACAUCUACCCUGCUAUAGCUGAGGCACUACGGGACCUGGACAUAGGCAUCCUGGGUAGGGAACCUAUGGCAAUGAUAUAUAGGAGGAAGAGAACAAGGAGUCAAAAAGGGGACGACAAUCAGGAAAUGAGAAAGGAACUAAAGCUAGUCAACAAUUAAAUGUAGAAUGUGCUCUUAUUACCGUCAACAUACAGUGCCUUCAGAAAGUAUUUAUACCCCCACAUUUUGUAGUGUUACAGCCUGAAUUCAAAAUUGAUUUGAAAAAACACAAUACACCAUUAUGACAAAGUGAAAACAUGUUUUUAAAAAUGUUUGCAAAUGUAUUGAAAAUAAAAUACAGAAAUAUCUCAUUUACAUAAGUAUUCACACCCCUGAGUCAAUACAUAUUAGAAUCACCAUUGGCAGCGAUUAUAACAUUUCGUUUUUCUGGGUAAAAUCUCUUAAGAGCUUUGCUCACCUGGAAUGUAAAAUAUUUGCACAUUUUUAAAAUUCUUCAAGUUCUGUCACGUUGAUUGUUGAUUAUUGCUGGACAGCCAUUUUCAAGUCUUGCCAUAGAUUCUCAAGCCGAUUUUAAGUCAAAACCGUAACUAGGCCACUCAUGAGUAUUCAAUGGUGGAACAAACCCCCUCACGACGCCAGGACAGCGGAGUCAAUCACCACCUUCCGGAGACACCUGAAACCCCACCUCUUUAAGGAAUACCUAGGAUAGGAUAAGUAAUCCUUCUCACCCCCUUUAAGAUUUAGAUGCACUAUUGUAAAGUGACUGUUCCACUGGAUGUCAUAAGGUGAAUGCACCAAUUUGUAAGUCGCUCUGGAUAAGAGCGUCUGCUAAAUGACUUAAAUGUAAUGUAAAUGUAAUGUCGUUUAGGUAAGCAACUCAAGUGUGUUUGAGGUUGUUGUCCUGCUGAAAGGUGAAUUUGUCUCCCAGUGUCUGUUGGAAAGCAGAAUGAACCAGGUUUUCCUCUAGGAUUUUGCCUGUGCUUAGCUCUAUUCUGUUUAUUUGUUUCCCAUAAAAUAACUCCCUAUUCUUUGCCAAUGAUAAGCAUACCCAUAACAUGAUGCAGCCACCAUGAUGCUUGAAAAUGUGAAUAGUGGUACUGAGUGAUGUGUUGUUGGAUUUACCCCAAACAACACUUUGUAUUAAGGACAAAAAGUUCAUUUCUUUGCAACAUGUUUUGCAGUUUUACUUUAGUGCCUUAUUGCAAACAGGAUGCAUGCUUUGUAAUAUUUUUAUUCUGUACAGGCUUCCUUCUUUUCACUCUCAUUUAAGUUAGUAUUGUGGAAAAAGUACAAUGUUGUUGAUCCAUCCUCAGUUUUCUCCUAUCACAGCUCCUUAAACUCUGUAACUUGUUUUAAAGUCACCAUUGGCCUCAUAGUGAAAUCUCUGAGCUGUUUCCUUUGUCUCCAGCAAUGGAGUUAGGAAGGACGCCUGUAUUUUUGUAGUGAAUGGGUGUAUUGAUACACCAUCCAAAGUGUAAUUAAUAACUUCACCAUCCUCUAAGGGAUAUUCAAUGUCUGCUUUUUAAAAAUGUUCACCCAUCUACCAAUAGGUGCCCUUCUUUGUGAGUCAUUAUGAAAAGCUCCCCGGUCUUUGUGGUUGAAUCUGUUGUUCUAAAUUCACUGCUCAACUGAGGGAAUUUACAGAUAAUUGUAUUUGUGGGGUAUAGGGAUGAGGUAGUCAUUCAAAAUCAUGUUAAACACUAUUAUUUCACACAGAGCCCGUGCAACCUAUUAUGACUUGUUAAGCACAUUCUUACUCCUGAACUUAUUUAGGCUUGUCAUUACAAAGGGGUUGAAUACUUAUUGACUUGAGACAUUUCAGAUUUUAAUUUUUAAUGAAUUUGUAAACAUUUCUAAAAACAUAAUUCCACUUUGACGUUAUGGGGUGUUGUGUGUAGGCCAGUGACAACACAUCUCAAUUUAAUCCAUUUUAAAUUCAGGCUGUAACACAACAAAAAAAUGAAAAAUCAAGGGGUGUGAAUACUUUCUCAAGGCACUGUAGCUUUUCUCUCUUUCAAUGGAUGUUAGUAGUGAAAUGUAAUAAUCAGUUACAUAGAAAUAUAUUCUGACACUCCUCAUUUACAGUUAACAAUGUAGGCAUGAACUAUUCUGACAAGUUGGUACAUUUCCUGAACAUUCCCAACCCUGAGCAGGUAAGAUUCACCCCCCCCAAACUCACAUUAAUGGUCUAUGUAUACAGUUGAAGUCGGAAGUUUACAUACACUUGGGUUGGAGUCAUUAAAACUUGUUUUUCAACCACUCCACAAAUGUCCUGUUUAACAAACUAUAGUUUUGGUAAGUCUGUUAGGACAUCUACUUUGUGCUUGAUAAGUACAUUUUCCAACAAUUGUUUACAGACAGAUUAUUUCACUUAUAAUUCACUGUAUCACAAUUCCAGUGGGUCAGAAGUUUACAUACACUAAGUUGACUGUGCCUUUAAACAGCUUGGAAAAUUCCUGAAAACAAUGUCACGGCUUUAGAAGCUUCUGAUAGGCUAAUUAGCAUCAUUUGAGUCAAUUGGAGGUGUACCUGUGGAUGUAUUUCCUUCAAACUCAGUGCCUCUUUGCUUGACAUCAUGGGAAAAUCAAAAUAAAUCAGCCAAGACAUCAUAAAAAAUUGUAGACCCCCACAAGUCUGGUUCAUCCUUUGGAGCAAUUUCCAAACGCCUGAAGAUACCACGUUCAUCUGUACAAACAAUAGUACGCGGGUAUAAACACCAUGGGACCACGCAGCUGUCAUACCGCUCAGGAAGAAGAUGCGUUCUGUCUCCUAGAGAUUAACGUAUUUGGUGCGAACAGUGCAAAUCAAUUCAAGGUCAACAGCAAAGGACCUUGUGAAGAUGCUGGAGGAAACAGGUACAAAAGUAUCUAUAUCCAUAGUCCUGUAUCGACAUAACCUGAAAGGCCACUCAGCAAGGAAGAAGCCACUGCUCCAAAACCGCCAUAAAAAAGCCAGACUACAGUUUGCAACUGCACAUGGGGACAAAGAUCAUACUUUUUGGAGAAAGGUCCUCUGGUCUGAUGAAACAAAAAUAGAACUGUUUGGCCAUAAUGACCAUUGUUAUGUUUGGAGGAAAAAGGAGAGAUGCUUGCAAGGCGAAGAACACCAUCCCAAUCAUGAAGCAUGGUGGUGGCAGCAUCAUGUUGUGGGGGUGCUUUGCUGCAGGAGGGACUGGUGCACUUCACAAAAUAGAUGGCAUCAGGAGGCAGGAAAAUUAUGUGAAUGUAUUGAAGCAACAUCUCAAGACAUCAGUCAGGAAGUUAAAGCUUGGUCGCAAAAGGCUCUUCCAAAUGGACAAUGACCCCAAGCAUACUUCCAAAGUUGUGGCAAAAUGGCUUAAGGACAACAAAGUCAAGGUAUUGGAAUGGCCAUCACAAAGCCCUGACCUCAUCCUAUAGAAAAAUUUUGGGCAGACCAGAAAGUGUGUGUGAGCAAGGAGGCCUACAAACCUGACUCGGUUACUCUUUGCCAUCUCACAGAACAUUGCUCCGUCCAUUUUCUUUCCUGAUUGGCUACGCCUUUCAUCCUACUGUGUGAAGCAGACAUUUGCACAGAGCAUGGAGAAGAAAAUUGAUGAAAUGACAGAACUUUCAGCAAGCAAAGAGGACUAAGGAGUGCAAAGGAGGUUGCUACUGAAACGUUGGUGGUGCUUUAAAGAGGUCAUAUUGGAAAUUGAUAUGAGAAGUUUUACUUCAUAUGUAGAGAACUAAUUGAUCAAUGUUACUGUUUUUCCCAUUGACUGCCAUUGAAAUGUAUUGUUUAUAGGAAAGAGAUUGUGUAAUGUUGAUGUAAACAAGCUGACCCCAAAUCCAUCAUGAACUAUAUAGCCUGAGUGCAGCAGAGUAUGCUCUGUGGGAGACUCUCAAACAGGCUUCUACAGUACAUAUAUUAGCUAUAUACUUAUUAGGGAUAUAGA